AUGGGUUUAAUCACCGGGGUCUGCGCUUUCCUUUACCACCUGCCCCAGAUUUACAAAUGGCUCCUGAAACCGUAUUACAUCACGUCCUUUUUCAUGACCAUCGCUUUCUUGGUAGUCAGAAAGGCUCCCGGUUUGUGCGAGCACCUGGCGACGCAGCGUGAGGACGGCAACUCGUGCGACUUCGAUUGGAGAGAAGUGGAGAUUCUCAUGUUUCUCAGUGCGAUCGUGAUGAUGAAAAACAGAAGAGCAAUCACCUUGGAGCAGCACAUCGGAAACUUGUUCCUGUUCAGCAAAGUGGCCAACGUCAUCCUCUUUUUCCGACUGGACAUUCGUCUGGGCAUCCUCUACCUCGCACUAUGUGUCGCUUUUGUCAUGACAUGCAAGCCUCCUUUAUACAUGGGCCCUGAAUACAUCAAGUAUUUCAGUGACAAGACCAUUGAUGAGGAGCUGCAGAAAGAUAGUCGUGUAACCUGGAUAGUUGAAUUCUACGCCAACUGGUCAUCUGACUGCCAGUCUUUCGCUCCGGUGUAUGCUGACCUGUCGCUCAAGUAUAACUGUGCUGGGCUGAGGUUUGGGAAGGUGGACAUUGGUCGUUAUGGAGAGGUUUCACAGAGGUACAAAGUGAGCACAUCACCUCUGUCCAAGCAGCUUCCCUCACUGGUGUUAUUCCAAGGUGGGCAGGAGGUUAUGAGGCGUCCAUCAGUGGACAGUAAAGGCCGAGCUAUUUCAUGGACUUUCAAUGAGGAGAACAUUAUCAGAGAGUUUGAUCUUAACGAGCGCUUCCAGAAGUCCAAGAAGCUGAACAAGAGUCGCGGUUUGAAGGAAGAGGAGCAGCAGAACUCCCGGCAAGACGAGACCGAGCCUGAUGUGAACACUCAGGAGCAAAGUUCGGAGAGCAAGAAAGACAAGUGA